AUGAAGUCUCCAACAUACAAGAAAUAUGACAGUGCAGAUUAUUUUGACUAUGAGUUUGAUUGCCAAGCAGAUUUUAAGCAGUUUCUUGACGAAGCAAAAGCAUGCCAAGGAAAUUUCAAGACUGAGCCUCUUGAAAAAGUGGGAAUUAAGGGACAAUUACAAGGGGAGAAAAAGAACAGAAAAUCAUGGAAAAAUUCCCUGUUUUCCUGGUUGAAAACCGAUAAGAAGAACAAGUCCGUCAUGCAGCAAUCUCCAAGAAAUGGCACCGUCGGUUCUGAACCGAGGCAUGGUCCAUUCUCGGGUCCAGUCCGUGGAAGUGGUGGUGGUAGCAUUACUAGCAGACCCCAGAAUCCAACAUCCGGACCCAUCGCCAGUCUUUUCCUUUCGAGCAAGAGAGUCGAGGACGAGGUGCCCUAUGUGUCUCUUGGCCAGCUUAACAUUUCUCAUGCUGUUCAAUCUUAUGGACCUGUGUACUUGGUGACUUAG